AUGAAGAUGCACCUUCAGCACGGUUUGUACAGUCUUGUCGCACUACCUACGCUACUAGUGGCGGCAUUUGAAAGCCCCUUUUACAACGGUCACGGCACGUCGUACACCCUCAAGACGUUGUCGACAGGUGCCUGCGCGUUCAUGGACAGCCCUGCGGUUAGCGACUACUACGCUGCUAUCAACCGCAAACAAUGGCACUCAUCGUUAAACUGCGGUCGAUGUGCCGAGGUAUCAGGUGAUGACCCGACCCUCGCGGCUACGGUCUACAUCGUCGAUGAAUGUCCAGACUGCAAGACCGGCGGGUUGGGGCUGUCCCCGGCAGUCUUACAGCAAUUGAGCAGCAACGGACACUCGACGGACAACAUCCGGUGGCAGUUCGUUGACUGUCCGGUGGAAGGCCACGUCAAGUACUGUGUAAACAGCCGUAGCAACAGUUCGUGGCUGGCUGUGCAGCCUGUGAACACGGUGACCGGGGUCUCGGACAUGGUCAUUGCCGACAAAGAGAUGACCUUGCUAGACUCGGGCUACUUUUUCGUGCUCAAGAACUCGACUGUCGGCAUGUCAGCAGUGGACGUUGAGCUCACAUCUACUACAGGGGAGACGAUCAAGGACACGGUGACACUCAUCGCUGGUAAGUGUGCUACUGGGUCGUCCAACUUUGGCCCGAGCCAUCAGAGCAAAGUGCUCAGCAACUUUGACGAUCUCAAACAUGCGGGCGACUAUAAAGCAGGCUACGUCAUUGCCUCGGAUGACGAGAUGGUUGCGACCGCUCGGUCAUCGACAAAGUCGUUUGAUUCCAACCUCUUUCUCGUCGCUCCCGUUGUCUUGGCCGCCGUGGGGGCUGUGGCUGCAGGAGCCUUUGCCUACGUUGCCCAGCGACCAAAAGAACAAGUCGUGACCGAAGAGCCAAAUUCCCUGACAAGCCCCUUUAGCGCCCGCAGCAGCUCGCCAGCCAUUCUUAGUGAAACGAUUACCAAGUUGUAG